UUCCGAAUCAAAAUUCUUUGCGGAGACCGAAGCAAGCAAGCAAAGCAUCAUUGUCAUCGGCUUUUCCUGCAUCUGUCUGUUCAGAACAAAGAGGUAUUUUCAGAAAACUGCAUUUUGGGCGCUGGAAUACCUAAAAGGUUGAACUCAAAUGUGUCAUCUCCGUGAAGGAAAAAUUCGCUGAUCAGUAACAAAUAUUUUAUUUUCUCUUUUAUUAUUUUCUUGUUCGAAGUUUCAGACGGGAUUCGAUCAGAAAAGGAUUUGAAUGUUUGGGCACCCAGUGCUUUUCUGAAACUUUAGGGGACUGAGAGCUGGUUCUUGGUCCCUGGCAGAUGUGUACAAUCUGGAGGAAGCAUACCACGGAAGAUAAUGAGCAUUGAACAUCUCCAUAGCCCAUUUAUAGGCUUUCAAUCCCGAAAUGCCCCAAAUAUGAAAAGCAAUGUCAGUUUCACUUUCGUGGAUAGAAGAAGGUUGCAAACGAAUACUUUCCCCAAGUUCUAUUGUGCAAAGCAGAAUCAUGGUGGGUACCAAGGGAUUUGGUUAUCAGUUUUCAAUGGGAGAGAAAUCGAGCUUUUGUCGAGUAACAUUUGGUCAAGAAGUAGGUUAAAGAUGAACCGUACUUGGGAGCUCAUCUCCCAAAGUAAGUCUAUUGUUAGAUCUUUGGAUCCUUUGUGGAAGGAGGGAUUGCUUUUCAUCAGGUGCUCUAUUUUCUUUGCUGUGAUAUCUGCAUUAGGGAUGUUGGUCUGGUAUGGACAGGUGAAAGCCAGGAGUCUUGUUGAAGCCAGGUUUCUGCCGUCUGUUUGUUCAGUACUGAGCGAACAUCUUCAGCGUGAGCUUGAUUUUGGUAAGGUAAGAAGUAUUUCACCAUUCGGUAUUACCUUGGAAUCAUGCUCAAUUGGGCCUCAGCAUGAAGAGUUCUCCUGUAGUGAGGUCUUCACUAUGAGACUUCGUAUCUGUCCUUUUGCUAGCUUGAGGAGGGGGAGGAUUGUGAUCGAUGCAGUCUUAUCUCAGCCAAGUGUGCUGAUUGUGCAAAAAGAAGAUUUCUCUUGGUUAGGAAUCCCUUCAUCUGAAGGUGCUUUGCAGAGGCACUCCUCAACUGAAGAAGGUAUAGAUAAUCGUACAAAAACCAGGAGGGUUGCUAAAGAGGAAGCUGCAGCUCGCUGGUCCAGAGAAAGGGAUGAAGCAGCAAGAAGAGCUUCAGAGACUGGCUACAUUUUCCCUCAGCAAUGUUCUAGUUCUUCAGAAGUUAAUGUUCUCAAGGAGGAUCCAGGUCAUUCUAAUGGGCUAGCUACUUCAGAAUCCUUUUUUUGCGUGGAUGAACAGAUGCACUGGAGAGAUCAUCAUUGCAUGGACACAGGUAUUGAGUAUGGAUUGAAGCAUGCGGAUCUAGAGAAAUCAUUUGGUGUGAAAAAACCUAGUACCAACCUAAAGUUCUGGUCUAAAAUGAUAUCACCCAUUAAACACAGAUUUAAAAGAAAGACUCGUGAUAGAGAUAUCUCUGAAGCUGAUGCUGCUGCCAAAAGGAGAAAUCUCGAGCGAAGUGCAGUAGCUGCACUUGCAUAUUUCCGAGGUGGGAAGUUCGGUGAGCCUUCACAAUUUGUGCGGCCUUCAGCUGAAACUCUUGUUACGGAAUCUGUUGAUAAUCAUAAUGCAACCAGGACUGGGGUUAAUAAUGCCAAAUGUAGGGUAUAUGAUGACCAGUAUGUUGAAGCUGAUUUCAAAGGGGUGAAGAUUGCCUGGCAUGAAUCCUUGGAAAAUGCUUCUGGAUACUCCAUAGACAAUUUAAACAGUGAAUUAGUAGACAGCAUUACCAAUGAUUUUGGAUAUCAAGGUAAUUCAGGAUUUCAGCACCUGAAAGAGAACAAACAUACCAGUGUCCAAAAGGAUAAUGGCUUCAGAUUUUUGCAAUUACCUUUUCUUACAAUUGUUGGGAAACUUAAGAGAUUAAAUAAGUCUAAUAGAGAAAAAUUGGCACCGAGUGAGAAAGAGCAAACUGAUGAGUACAAUGUAAACAUCGUGGGUUACGAUAGAAUUCAUGUUCAGGAUAGUACCAGGGUCAGUUCCAAUAGUUUACCGGACCAGAUAACGGAGUCAUUUGAAGACAGAUCCGAGGGCUGCAGGGGAGGUCAUACAUCUGAAGGUGCAAGUCCUACAAAGCUUGAUACAUCACCAGUAAUAAACCAUGCAAUUCCCAUUUGGUACGUGGGCCUGAAAUCAGGUUUACCCUCUUUCUCUAGAGCUAUUGGAGAGUUGUUAUCCAAUUAUUUCGCUGGUAGCAUUGAGAAACUGAAAUCAAGCAUGGGUCUAAAGGUUGAAGAUCUUGUUGUUGAACUUACUGAAGGGGUCGAUGAAGUACAAACAGAAGGUAUUGAGAAGAUUCUCCCGGUUACGUUGGAUUCUGUGUAUUUCACAGGUGGAUCAUUGAUGCUACUAGCAUACGGUGACCAGGAGCCUAGAGAGAUGGACAAUGUCUCUGGACAUGUCAAAUUUCAAAAUCACUAUGGCCGUGUGCACGUACAGCUAAGUGGAGCCUGUAAGACCUGGAGGUCAAAUACAGCUCCUGAAGAUGGUGGCUGGCUUUCAGCAGAUGUGUUUGUUGACAGCAUUGAGCAGAAAUGGCAUGCUAAUUUAAAGAUUGUAAACCUCUUUGUGCCGCUUUUUGAAAGGAUUUUAGAAAUUCCUAUCACGUGGACUCAAGGGAGAGCCAGUGGCGAGCUUCACAUAUGCAUGUCAAGAGGAGAGACUUUUCCUAAUCUUCAUGGACAGAUUGAUGUGAAGGGUCUGACUUUCCAGAUAUUUGAUGCUCCAUCAUGUUUUUCGGAAAUGGCAGCAAGUUUAUGUUUUCGGGGUCAACGAAUUUUCUUGUACAAUGCAUGUGGCUGGUUUGGUGAUGCUUCUCUCGAAGCUUCUGGGGACUUUGGUAUUAAUCCUGAAGAUGGGGAGUUCCAUUUAAUGUCCCAGGUUCCUUGUGUUGAAGUAAAUGCGCUUAUGAAGACUUUCAAUAUGAAGCCUUUGUUGUUCCCGUUGGCUGGAUCAGUAAAUGCCGUCUUCAACUGUCAAGGCCCCUUGGAUGCCCCCAUAUUUGUUGGAAGUGGUAUGGUUUCAAGGAAGACAGCUCAUUCACUUUCUGAAUUCCCUCCGUCCUCCGCAUCUGAAGCCGUAAUGAAGAAUAAAGAGGCUGGGGCCGUGGCAGCAUUUGACCGUGUUCCAUUUUCGUAUUUAUCAGCCAAUUUCACUUUCAACACUGAUAACUGUGUUGCUGAUUUGUAUGGAAUCAGAGGAAGCCUCUUGGAUGGUGGUGAAAUUCGAGGGGCAGGAAAUGCUUGGAUCUGCCCAGAGGGUGAGGUGGAUGACACAGCAAUGGAUGUAAACUUUUCUGGCAAUAUGCCCUUUGACAAAAUUUUGUAUCGGUAUAUACCAGGUGAAAUUCAAUUAAUACCAUUCAAAAUGGGGGAGCUGAAUGGUGAAACCAAGCUUUCUGGAUCCCUUUUGAGACCGAGAUUUGACAUCAAAUGGGUUGCACCAAAAGCUGAAGGGUCAUUCAGUGAUGCACGUGGGGAUAUUAUUAUUUCACAUGAUUAUAUUACAGUGAAUUCUUCGUCAAUUGCUUUUGACUUCUAUACAAGAGUUCAGACAUCUUAUCCUGAUGAGUAUUGGUUAAACAGAAAAGUUAACGUUCUAGAGGAUGCCAUGCCCUUUAUCAUAGAGGGAGUUGACUUGGACUUCCGGAUGCGUGGUUUUGAAUUCUUCAGUUUGAUGUCUUCUUACCCUUUUGAUUCUCCAAGACCUGUCCAUCUGAAAGCAACUGGAAGGAUUAAGUUUCAAGGAAAGGUUUUGAAGGCAACUGGUGUAAUUGAUGAGGAAAUCCAUGGUGUUGAGGAAAAUUUUCUAGGCAGGCAUAUGACUGACAAUGAGAAGUCAACUAAUCUUGUUGGGGAGGUUUCACUUUCGGGCAUCAAGCUAAACCAGCUGACGUUGGCUCCUCAGUUGAUUGGAUCAUUAAGCAUGUCACGUAAGAAUAUCAAGUUGGAUGCUACAGGUCGGCCAGAUGAGAGUUUGGGAGUUGAGGUUAUUGGGCCAUUGUGGCCUAGUACUGAAGAAAACUUGCAAAGUGAAACACAUGUGUCCUUUUCUCUUCAAAAGGGGCAACUUAGAACUAAUGUUUGUUACAGUCCACGACAUUCAGCUAGCUUGGAGGUACGCCAUUUACCGCUUGAUGAACUGGAGCUAGCUUCACUUAGGGGACUGAUACAAAGGGCAGAGGUCCAACUUAAUUUUCAGAAAAGGAGGGGUCAUGGAAUGUUAUCUGUGCUCCAUCCCAAAUUCAGCGGUGUGCUAGGUGAAGCCCUGGAUGUGGCCGCUCGAUGGAGUGGGGAUGUGUUAACUGUUGAAAAAACGGUUCUGGAACAGACUCGUAGCCGAUAUGAGCUUCAAGGUGAAUAUGUACUGCCUGGCACACGUGACCGACACCCUGCAUGUACAGAGAGGAGUGGCUUGUUGAAAAUGGCAAUGGCUGGGCAUCUAGGUAGUGUGAUAUCUUCCAUGGGUAGGUGGCGAAUGAGGCUAGAAGUUCCUAGAGCUGAAGUUGCUGAAAUGCUUCCACUUGCACGACUUCUUUCACGAAGUACUGAUCCUGCUGUCCUCUCUCGUUCAAAGGACCUAUUUAUGCAAAGCUUACAGUCUGUAGGAUUAUAUUCUGAAAGUCUUCGAGACCUGCUUGAGGAACUACGCAAGCAUUGCACCAUUUGCAUGCCACUGGAUGAAGUCAUCCUUGAAGACAUAACUCUUCCAGGUUUAUCUGAACUUAAAGGUCGUUGGCGUGGCUCUCUUGAUGCUAGUGGUGGUGGCAAUGGGGACACAAUGGCGGACUUUGACUUCCACGGGGAAGACUGGGAGUGGGGAACCUACAAAACUCAACGUGUUCAGGCAGUUGGUGCAUACAGCAACAAUGAUGGUCUGCGUCUUGAGAAAAUUUUCAUCCAAAGAGAUAAUGCCACAAUCCAUGCUGAUGGGACUUUAUUAGGGCCAAAAACGAAUCUUCAUUUUGCUGUAUUGAAUUUCCCUGUUGGUUUGGUCCCAACACUGGUUCAAGUAAUAGAAUCUUCAGCCUCAGUGGCUGUGCACUCUUUGCGACAAUUUUUGACACCCAUGAAGGGUAUUUUGCACAUGGAAGGAGAUCUUAGAGGAAGCCUUGCAAAGCCAGAGUGUGAUGUACAAGUAAGGCUACUUGAUGGUGCUAUUGGGGGCAUUGAUCUUGGACGGGCUGAAAUUGUUGCCUCCCUGACCUCUAGCAGUCGUUUUCUUUUUAAGGCAAACUUUGAACCCACUAUUCAAAGCGGUCAUGUUCACAUUCAAGGAAGUGUUCCAGUAACUUCUAUGCAAAAUAGCAUGAUGGAAGAAGAAGAUAAGGAAAUGGAUAAAGUUGGAGCAAUUUCAAUCCCUGGUUGGGCAAAGGAAAAGAAUAGAGGCUUGUCUGAAGAAAUCAGUGAAAAGAAAGUCUCUAGAGAUAGAAAUGAAGAAGGUUGGGAUAUUCAGUUGGCAGAAAGUCUCAAAGUUUUAAACUGGACCUUACUAGAUGUUGGGGAUGUUAGGGUUGAUGCGGACAUUAAAGAUGGGGGCAUGAUGUUGAUAACUGCCUUGUGCCCCUAUGCCAACUGGCUUCAUGGCAACGCCGACAUUGUUCUCCAGGUUAGAGGCACAGUCGAGCAACCAGUGCUGGAUGGAUCUGCAUCAUUCCACCGGGCAUCUAUAUCUUCACCAGUAUUACGGGAGCCGAUUACCAGCUUAGGCGGUACAGUUCAUGUAAAAUCUAACAGGUUAUGUAUCAGUUCCUUGGAAAGCAGAGUAAGCAGAAGAGGAAAGCUGUUUGUAAAGGGAAACCUGCCUCUCAAAACUAGUGAAGCAUCUCCAGGCGACAAAAUUGACUUGAAAUGUGAGGUUUUGGAAGUCCGGGCAAAGAAUAUCUUAAGUGGUCAGGUGGACAGCAUGGUCCAAGUAACUGGUUCUAUAUUGCAGCCAAACAUUUCUGGAAUGAUAAAAUUGAGCGGUGGAGAAGCAUAUCUGCCUCAUGAUAAGGGUAAUGGAGCCGCCAGCUUUAAUAGAUUGACAUCAAAUCGAUCAAAGCUUCCAAGUAGCAGUUACAACCGAAUGUCUGCUGCUGGGCACGUUUCAUGUUUUUUCGAUUCAGAACCUGCUGCUUCCAGUGCCAAAUUCUCUCGACCAUCAGGAAAACAAGUUGAAGUUGAAAAGGAAAUGGAGCAAACAAAUAGUAAGCCAAAAGUUGAUGUCCACCUCACAGACUUGAAGCUUGUUCUUGGACCAGAGUUAAGAAUACUAUAUCCUUUGAUUCUCAACUUUGCUGUCAGUGGAGAGCUUGAGCUAAAUGGGUUGGCCCAUCCUAAAUGGAUAAAACCUAAAGGAGUUUUAACAUUUGAGAAUGGUGAUGUCAAUCUCGUUGCCACUCAGGUGAGGCUUAAAAGAGAGCAUCUCAACGUAGCAAAGUUUGAGCCUGAUCUUGGGCUUGAUCCGAUACUAGACUUAGCUUUGGUUGGAUCAGAAUGGCAAUUCAGGAUCCAAAGUCGAGCGAGUAAUUGGCAGGACAAUUUGGUCGUGACCUCAACACGAUCUGUGGAACAGGAUGUCCUCUCACCUAUGGAGGCGGCCCGAGUUGUUGAGAGUCAGUUGGCAGAGUCUAUCCUGGAAGGUGAUGGUCAGCUUGCAUUCAAGAAGCUCGCUGCUGCAACACUAGAGACAUUAAUGCCAAGAAUAGAAGGCAAGGGAGAAAUUGGACAGGCUAGGUGGAGGCUCGUGCAUGCACCCCAGAUCCCUAGUUUGCUUUCUCUUGACCCAACUUUUGAUCCUAUCAGAUCACUAGCAAAUAUUUCCUUUGGCACAGAAGUCGAAGUCCAGCUUGGGAAACGACUCCAGGCUUCAAUUUCCAGACAGAUGAAGGACUCUGAGAUGGCAAUGCAAUGGACAUUAAUUUACCAACUCACGAGUCGACUUCGUGUGCUAUUGCAUUCUACUCCAUCCAAACGCCUCUUGUUUGAGUAUUCUGCUACAUCGCAGGAUUGAUCCAUAGGUUGCCGUCCAAACAGCUGAAUUCACUUGGGAGUAGAAAAAUCCCAAACAUUGGACUUUCGCCAUUAUGAUCACCGAAAUGUACCAGAUGCCCAUUUUUCUAAUUUUUCUAAUUUUUCUUUU